CCGAUGUAUAGAGACAAUAUAAAAUUUUUAAGGAAACAAAGGAUGGACAAAACAUGAACUUUCUUGCAAAAGGCCUAACUUGUGCGACACAGGUGCGAAACUGCUUGUCUCACAUUCUUUUUUACGAUUAUAAUUACAACAAUAAAUCAAAUCAAAAUUAUGACAUUGACCCAAUCGAUGAUGUAAUCGGAUUCAUUGAUAAUAUAGAUGAAUAUUUAAAUCGUUUGUUUGAAAAUGAACCUUUUUUUCGAAGACUUACCUCUGCAGAUGAGAUGAAAUACUUGUUCUAUAUUGACGAGAUUAAAUACUUCUUAUCACCAUCUCCACAAAAAAUUGAUCGCAAUUCAAUCGAAAGAUAUUGCGAAAUAAAAUUGUCUCACUAUAAAAAACUAUCUUCGAUACGAAAUGAGUUGGACAGAUAUAUAGUGAAACCUGAAAGAGAACAGCUUUUGGAAGAAAUUUGUACUUUCGUGGCAAUAUAUAUUCAAGUUCGAGAAGAUGUAUGUUACACGAAUGUAAGUGCAUCAUUGGAUACAAUCGCACAAGAGGUACUGAAUUCUCUUAGAAAGAAGCAUCCGAACCAUUCGAUAUUCUCCACGUCUGAAGAAACUUUUUCCUAUUGGAAAACCAACAAUAUCAAAGAUAAUCGAUGGGAUGAAACAGAAAGUACGCUUAUUAUGGAUACACUCCAGGAAUAUAUAUUUGGCACUUUAAACUUUCGAGUAUGUAGCUCCGUACCCGAAGAUAUCAAAUGUUUGUGUAUAGAUUAUGUUUUACAAAGUAAAUCUGGUGAAGAUAUCAUUGUAUAUACAAUAUUUCAUAGCGUGGCUAGAAGAAUUGGUCUACGUUGCGAUGCAAUAAAUUUUUUUACUCGAUUAUCUAUAUUUUGGAAACCAGAAUUCGUCACGAAUAAUUUUGAAAAUGCACGAUGUUUUUACACACAAAAGUAUUUCCCCGAGUAUCGUGUUAUUGAUAAUCUAUCAGAAUACAUGUCUGUAAGACCAGUCGCAAUAACAAUUACAAAGAUGUUGAAGUUAACAAGAGAUAUUGUUAGAGAAUUUAUAAUACAACAUAAAAUUAAGAAAAUGCGAUUAAUCCGGGUUAAUUGCAUUAUCCAACAACUUCCGAUAUGAUUAAAAUGUAUUGUAAUCAUAUUACGAUGAUAGGUAUUAUGAGCACAAGUUAUAUACAUAUGAUGCAAAAUGUGAGUAAUUAUAUUAAUUUGAACAUAUUCAUGUAUACUCAUAAUGACAUUUUUUGCAAACAGUUUCAAGAUAUCAUAAUAUUCCGUGUUUUGAGUAGCAUAUGAGCCUGCAUCUGUGUCUAUUUUUGUCAUCAUGUUUUAAGAAAUAUGAGUACAAUAUGAGUAAAGUAUAUACGCGCACUAACAAUCGCAUAUUAGUAUAUAAUAUAUACAAUUGUAAAAAUAUUGAACAUUGUAAGAUUCUUUUAGAUAACAAUUCUUUUACAAA